AUGAAGCUCAUCAUAGCGGGUGCAAGCGGCUUUGUAGGAACGGAGUUGCUUAAACAGAGUCUUCGUAUCCCUGACUUUAAGACAGUCGUUGCUCUUACUCGACAACCGCUGAAGAUACGAGCAGAAACCAGCCCCGAUGUCAACCACUCAAAGUUGAAAAACAUUGUUGUUGACGGUUACGAUCAAUACUCUGCCGAGACCAAAGCAGAGCUCGCCACUGCUGAUGCGUGUAUCUGGACAGUGGCCAUUACACCCUCAAAAUCAACAUUAUAUGACUGGGAUGAGAUUCAUCGAGUUUGUUACGAAUCACCUCUUGCCAGCUUUCGAGCAAUCCUAGAAGCCCGCGGCUCGUCAACGGCUUCCAAUAAAAACACGCCAUUCCGUUUCAUGUACAUGAGUGGUGCCAAAACCGAGAGAGACCAGUCGAAAAUUCCAAGCUUCAAGCCUGAGUACUCACUUUUGCGUGGCAAAACUGAAACCGCGAUCUUGGCUUUCGCUAAAGAGCACGAAUCACAACUCGAUGCCUGUAUCGUCAAGCCUGGGCUCAUAACAGCGCCUAACGACUUUCUGAAGAUGGCUCUUGCGUAUACAUUGUGGUGGACUGUGUCAUUGCCAAGCAUUGGGGUCAGACAAAUCUCGACUGCAAUGUUGAGUCAGUCUUUAUUUGGCUUUGAGAAGGACACGCUUGAGAACGACGAUCUUCUUCGUUUGGGGGAAAGCGAACUGUGA